AUGAAGUUCCCUCUUGCAUCUCGAUCUGUAAACCCGUGCCGGAAAUACAUACAUUGGUCAAAGCCUCCGCCUGGGUUUUUCAAAAUAAAUACAGACGGAUCGUUUGUACACGGUCAAGCGGCUUGCGGAGGAAUUAUCAGAAAUCAUAAUGGAAACUUUGUUAAAGGUUUCAUGUGUAAGCUUGGGUCGGGAAAUGCUCUCUUUGCAGAAUUAAAAGGAAUUCUCCUUGGCCUUCAGAUAAUGAGAGAGAUGCAACUUACAAAUGUCAUUCUUGAAACAGAUUCCAUACAUGCCAUCAAUAUGAUCCAGAAUCGUCAUACCUCCAUUUUUCAUCUCCAACCUCUACUCCAGGAGAUCAUAAACCUUAUCAACCUCUCAGGAUCGACUAUUCGUAUAAAUCACAUUCAUCGUGAAGCAAACACUUGUGCCGAUGCUCUUGCUUUAAGGGGUCAUCAAGCGGAUUUUUCCCCUUCUAUGUUAGAUGUUAUUAGUCCUAGUAUUAAUUUGCUUUUUGAUAAAGACUUAAGGGGAGCUUGUUCCUCUGUAGUCGGUCCUUAG